CCGAUUUCACUCACGUGCUCACAAUUUUUGUGGCAGCGCGGGCAGCUUUUGAGUCCAUAACUUUGGAAGUUAUAUCAACGCAAGCGCAAUUACAUAUUGACAAUGGUUAUUCGCGCAAUAAGAAAACCUACCACUGGCCAAGUAAGUCUGGACAUCUAGCUUCUUUUUUCAUUGACAUGUCACUAAUACCUGCCUUACCAGAAUGGUGUCGGUGCAUUCAUUCUCCAAUGUAAACGCCUAGAAUUCCACUACUGCGACUGGGCCGGUUCCUCAAAAGGAAUGAAGUUAGUACACUACUAGAGACUUCUGGUUAUACUUAGCUAACAACUUGUGAAGCUCAUUCAUCAAAUCUCGCCUUGGAAACUUCGCGCGCCUCAAUCCAUCCAUCGAAAUCGCCAUAUCCCCAAGACCUUCCAAACACCCCGUCAUCCGAGGCCAUUACAUCAACGGUCGCGAGAAAUCAAUAUGCGUACGAAAUCUAGACGAGAACCAGAUCUUAAAGAAGGCAGAGCUGUUACGAGAUGCCAGUGGAGAGAAACUGAAGGUUGUCAAGAAGCCCGUCAAGAGUUUGAACGAGAGUGUGAGGGGUAUCUGGAGUCCUUUCCAUAAACCAGAUGGUACAGGAAUGACAGUCUAA